AUGAAGCCCUCGAUUCUAGCCCCUCUUGCGAUCUUCUUCACAGUCGCCAUCGCUGGAACUCCUGACAACCCUGAAAACAUGACACCGUGCCUGCUUAAAUGCAACCAGCAAGCAGCCGAGCAAGUAGGCUGUGGUACUUAUUUAAACACCGACUGUACUUGUGCCAGCGAUCCUUUCGUGCUUGCCCUCAACACCUGCCUGUCAGCGGGAUGUGAUGCAACGGAUGUUAAAAUGUCGAAGGAUUUGCAUGUGAAAAUCUGCCACGGCACCCCUGUUUGA